AUGAAGCUCCGUGCCGUGAGAAUGGAGGGAGUUCAGUACACGAUCUCCCUCAGCGCUCCCCCCGGUCUCCGAAUGCAGGAAGUGAUGUUUACUACAGAAACCGGAGAGAAGGUGGCUGGUAUAAAUGGCUGGAUUUAUCGAUCUUCCUUACCGAUGGUGUCGUGUAUGGGAUCUCUGUGGGCGGCCCUCUCCUUUAUUCUGUCUCUCAUUUUAGGAUUUAGUCUAAUGUCCUCAGCAUGGUUUAAAAAUGAUGACAUAUCUUAUGGAGUCUUUGUACAAUGCAGUGGCCAAAUCAGUUCUCCAUGUAACCAGACAUGCAUUGUUUUCAGGACCUUGGAGGAAAUCCCUGAUCUGUUUUGGAAGAUUGCAGCUGUGAUACUCUUUUCUGGUUGGCUGCUGAUGAGUUUUGGAGCGUUACUUGUUUUGUCAUGGACUAUCAUACCUGCAGGGAUAUGUCAAAGAAGGGUGUGUACUCCAGCUAGAUACACACAGCUCACUGCAGUUGCUGGUACUGUCCUUGGUCUUAUACUGUUCCCUUUGAGUCUUCGUUCUCCACUUGCAAAUCAGAUUUGUAACUCAUCGUAUGCCUACAAAAGUGGAAGCUGUUUCCUUGGCUGGGGAUACAUGAUGGCCAUUAUAACAGUAAUGCUUUCCUGCUUCCUUCCCAUCAUUGGUCGUUACAAUUUAAAUGAAAUGAAGACUAAGAUAUUGAGGUCUAAGCUAACUCAGCGUAUGCUCCCUUGUGAGAACCACCGACACUAA